CGAAUUUCGCGUCGAUUCGCUCACACUCAUUCGAUGCCACUACCUUACGCAGUCACUCCUUUUCUUCUUGAACUUUCUUUUUUUUUGCCUUUCGGCAGGACCAACUAGUCAUUCACUCCUUCGAAAACCCAUUUUUUUUUUAACACUAUGCACGCCUCCACAAUUGCCCUGGCCGUUUUCGGCGCAGCUGGAUUUGCCUCGGCCAUUCAGUUCACCUACCCAGUUGCAAACACCACCGCUACCCGAGGUGAUGCCACACAGGAGGUUCGCUGGACCAGCGUUGACACGGACCCGUCGCGCCUCAGUCUCUACCUGGUCAACUUUGUCAACUGGCCUCCCUACUACGAGCCGCUGGCUUUUGACGUCGAGACUGCUGCGGGUGCUGCUCAGGUCCGCAUCCCGUGCGACUUGAACGUGUCUGGUGGAUACCAGAUCAACGCCAUCAACGGCACCAACGUCUUUGUAAUCUAUGCACAGACUGGCAAUUUCAGCAUCAGCGGCCCGAGCUGCCAGGACCCCUCGGCGACCAUCCCGGCUGGCUGCCCCCAGGCCACGACCGCCAUGGUGAGCCCGACCCCGACCCCGCUCCACCCUCAGACCAAUGGCACUCUUGUUCAGCAUCCCCCAGCCGUCACCUCUCCUGCCGCAAUCACCAGCACCACUCCCAGCACCGUGACCCGUGUUAACGCCGGUACUUGUCCAGAAACCAUAGGUUGGGGUCCAGCAGGCUACGGGUACCCCGUAACCUUGACCGCGGUGCCUCACCCGCCAGACGUGCCCACCAUCCCCGCCGUCGCCAACGCUGCGCAGGGCGCUCCUGCACAGUCUUCAGUCUCUGAGAUGACUAUCGGUAACGUGGUUUACCAGACUGUGUAUAUGGACCUGGCCGACUAUGUCGCCAAGGGUGGUUCUUGCGGUGCUUGUUCCGCAUGA